AUGGACGACAAUCCCACUGCCGUCAAGGGCAAAUUGAUUGUCUUUGAGGGAAUUGACAGAUCAGGCAAAACAUCGCAAAUAAAGUUAUUAUCAGAGAGACUCACAUUAGAAAAUAUACCUCAUCAAACGAUAGGAUUCCCAGAUCGAAGUACUAGAAUCGGAUCACUACUGGAGGAUUACCUGAAACGCAAAGAUGAAGAAAUGCCUAGACAAGCCUUGCACUUGUUAUUCUCCGCAAAUAGAUGGGAGAACAUGAGCAGAAUCGCAAAAUUGUUGGAAUCCGGCACACACGUUUUACUGGAUAGAUACGCAUAUUCGGGGAUUUCUUAUUCUGUAGGCGCUGAGGGUUUGAAUUUUGAUUGGUGUAAAGUACCAGAUUGUGGAAUUGUUGAACCAGAUGUUGUUUUCUUUAUGAACGUUUCGGCACAAAACACUUGUACUAGGAGCAGUUUUGGUGACGAGAUUUAUGAAAAGGUCAAGACUUUGGAAAAGGUGUAUGACGUUUUCAGACGCUUCGAUAAUUUGCCGUAUUGGCGUGACAUAGACGCUUCAGAUGAUCCAAGUGUAAUUCACGAAAAGAUCUACAAAACUACAAUGGAGAUAAUAAAGGGUCCGGAUCGACCAUUAACCAAAUUAAAAUUCUGA